AUGACUGGGACAGGCUUGGCCCGGGGAGACCCUGUACUUGACGUGGCCUACAAAUGGCAGGUCCUGAGCUUGGAGGUGGGCAAACGCAUCUUCUUCAGGACUGAGAACCAGGUCACCUUUUACAUGAUGGCCUGUGUGAUCAAGGAGGUGCCGAUGAACGUCAGGGGCACGGGUGCCUACAACUCGGCUCACUUCCAGGAUGAGUUCAUACAGGCGCUCAAGGCGUGGACGGCGAACGACCAUGCGGUGCUGCUUCACAACAGGCCGGCCAAUAUGAAGGUCAAGCCCACGGCCAAGAGUGCCAUGAAGGUCAAGCCCGCGGCCAAGAGUGCCAUGAAGGCCAAGCCCGCAAUGAAGGUCCCCGCGGCCAUGAAUGCCAUGAAUUGA